AUUUUGAUGACGAUAGUGGUGUUUUCUGUUUGAUUUAAUUCAGUCGUCCAUUUGUUUCUUCACAAAACCAGCAAAAUGAGUUGAACAAAAGCUGAUAUAGCAAACAUGAACAGAAACGCAAGAAACCAUAAAAAGACUGACGAUCAAAAUGUACCUGGAUUGGGAAAAGUAAACUUCUGGGAAAAAUACGGCGCCAAACGUUUUCCUUAUCGUUGGAGACGCAGAUACUCACCAUUUGUUUACCGAUCUGAAGACGGAGGGAUCGUUAUCUCAAAUGACGUUUUUGGGCUGACAAUCAGACAGUUUGAACGCACGUAUAAUGCGUGUUUAGACAGAAGAAAAGCACACGAACAGCAAAUCCUUAAUAUUAGAUAUCCUGACAAAACAUCAGACAGAUAUAUGGAAUACUUAGAGAACAGUAGAUAUAACAAUACAGAUAACUUGUCCUGGACUAGAAGUGAUUUGAAGGUGAAAUUAUUGUUCGAAAACUUAGUGCAUAUAGCUGGAAAUGAAAUAGACAUGCGUAAAAGACAACAACUAUUUAUCAUUAAAGAUAUGAUAACUAAUAUACCUGAGUCGGGAAUAACAAACAUAUCAAGCGGAAGUUUAGCAGAAGGUAUUGAUUUACCAGGUAGUGACAUGGAUAUAAUGUUCGUCAUUAAAGAAGUAGACAUAAUACGGGAUGUAAGGAAUAUAAAACAUCCACUUCAAAAUACAACACUUGUGAUGGAGACUGAUAAUGAUAAUCCUGGAUUUGCUAAGCUUAAAUUGAUCGAAGGAGGGGAUGGACGUUUCAUAACACCUGAGUCAUUUAACAGCAGUGUACAAGGUUUAUACUUAUCGGUUAACCAAUUUGUUAGUAAUUUAAAUAAUUUUUUGCCAAAUCAGUUUUCAUUACAUGGCCCCUGUAUAUCAGACGAAGUGAAAAACGUUGAUUUGGCUUACUGUCUGCGAAGUAAAUAUUUACCUUACAGUACAAUACCAUGGGCAUCGCGUUAUCGACAGCAAUGGCCACCUAAUUCCGCAAUUGACAAGAUUAAAAAAUACGGAUGCUUGCUCGUACCUAUUGGGCCAAGACAUAUGACAUAUUGUGAUGUAUUAUGGAGAUUAUCUUUCUCUGUGGCAGAAAAACAUCUUGUACAUUCGUUUAAUUUCACUCAACUUUUAUGCUACUGUCUCCUCAAACUAACAUUAAAACGUAUCGUUAACACUAACAAACGUGUCGAAGAUUUAUUAUGUUCUUACUUUCUGAAGACAGCUUUAUUCUGGGUCUCGGAAGAAAUAGAUAUUGAAACCUUUCAACUGACUAAAUUAUUUGUUUGCUUUUCGAAAUGCCUCGAUAAGUUGUUAUUAUGGGUACAGAAGUGUUACUGCCCGAACUAUUUUAUACCUGAGCACAACAUGUUCCUAGAUCGCUGGGAGCGAUGUGAUUGGUUGCACAGUGUAGUGCACCAUGGAAUGUUGUCGCUGGGAGCGAUGUUAUUGGUUGCACAGUGUAGUGCACCAUGGAAUGUUGUCGCUGGGAGCGAUGGGAUUGGUUACACAGUGUAG